AUGGCCCGGCGUUGGCUGCAACCGGAGAUCCGGUCCGCCGGGGGCGUGGUGGAGCAGGUCAUCCUGGAGCAGUUCCUGGACGGUUUGCCAGAGGGAACGGCCAAUUGGGUGCGGUACCAUCGCCCGACCAACCUAGAGGCUGAGGACCACCUAGCGCUAUACCCCGGCACCCAGCAGCAAGCACGGUCCAGGCUCAGUGGCGGGGGGCUCCGGCUCGCAGAGGGCUCCUCAGAUGCUCGGACCGGGGUGUUGGCGGUGCGGACAGCUGGGUCAUCUGCGCCGCGACUGUCCACUUAUGGAAGUGGGGUAGGUGGUCCGGGUGGUCGGGCCGCCCACUUCCGCUCCCGAUCAGGAGGGAGCGUACUGCAUCCCGGGCGCACUAACCUCAUACACCAUCAUAUCGACAGCCCCCCGGGAAUGACGGUACGUUCCCGUCCCUAUAGACUGCCGGAGCACAAAAAGAAAUUGGUGCAGGCAGAAAUAACGGUCAUGCUGGAGUUGGGCGUAAUAGAGGAGUCUCACAGUGCCUGGAAUAGCCCCAUCAUGCUGGCGGGGCUCAUGGCUAACCCAAAGAAGUGUGCGAUUGGUCGAGCGGAGGUACGGUGGAGGGAGUUGAUCGCCCGGUGCUACAUCAGCCGCAAACUAUCCCAGCGGGAGGCGAGGUACAGCACGGUAGAAAAGGAGUGCCUCGCCAUCCGGUGGGCGGUCGGGUCCCUGCGCUACUACCUGCUGGGUCGCCCAUUCACCCUCUGUUUGGACCACGAUCCCCUCCAAUGGCUCCACCGCAUGAAGGAUACCAACCCGCGAAUCACCCAUUGGUAUCUGGCUCUACAGCCCUUUAAUUUCAAGGUGGUUCAUAGGCUGGGGGCGCAGAUGGUGGUGACGGACUUCCUCUCUCGCCCCAAAGGGGGGGGGGGGGGGUCGGUCAUCGCCCAGAUGGCUCCCCGGCCGAAGUCGGGCGGUGGAGAUGUGGAGUCCGCCCACAGAUAUCGCUGGGCUGCACAGGAUGGCUUCUUCCAGGCCUGUGAUAGAGAACUGGUUAAAGUCAACCUCUUCUACUCAGAGAAGCUGACGGAGGCUUGCAAGCGACUGUGCUUAGUGAGGGAUGUGGUGCAGGUGGUGCCAGAGAGCCGAGGAGCUAGGGCCGGGUGCGGCUCACCAUGGAGGCCAGGGGGGCUGCUGCAGGCAUACAGACUGGCCAGGAAAAGACAGGCAGAGCAGGAACUCAGACGGGCCAUCAGAUACGUGCACCUCAGUCUGGUUCUGCUGCAAAACUACAGGGAGCUGAACUAUACAGCUUUCUGUAAGAUCGUGAAGAAACAUGAUGCCAGCUUCGCUUCUACUCGGGGUUUGAAAUGGAGGAACGAGAAGCUGGAUGUCUCUCCUUUUUACAGUGACAUAAAAACCAGUCAGCUGAUCUCUGAGCUGGAGUCUCUCAUGUGUCAUCUGACUGGAGGGGACAAACUGGAAGCCAUGCAGAGGCUGCAGGUGCCACCUGCAGUGGGAAUUCAGCCUGCCCCAGUAUGGGCUGCUUUUCGGAUGGGGGUGACCUGUGGACUGGUUUUAGCUCUCCUGGUCCUCAUUAUUGUACAAGCUUCACAGGCACCUGAGUGGACAGCACUGAGGCCUUUUUUACAGCUCUACAGAGGUGGCUUCCUGCUCAUCCAAUUCAUCUUCUUGUUGGGGGUCAACAUGCACAUCUGGAAGAGUGCGGGGGUUAACUACAUCCUCAUAUUUGAGCUGGACCCAAGGGACCACCUCUCAAACCACCAUCUUUUUGAGGUCGCAGGAUGCUUAGCGCUGUGUUGGGGGGUCAGUUUCCUGGCUUGUCUGCAUGCCUCCCUCCUACCAGUCCCACUGCAGCUCCAGCCCCUUGUAUUCUACUCUCUCCCUGUUCUACUGCUGCUGAACCCCACGCCCACUUUCCACAGAUCCGCCCGCCGCCGGCUCCUCACACUGCUGUGCAGGUUACUCUCCACCCCAUUUCGUCCAGUCACGUUUGCUGAGUCCUGGUUGGCCGAUCAGCUGAACAGCCUGAAUCCGCUGCUCCUAGACCUGUGGGGUCUUCUUUGCUUCUAUACGUGUGAAGUGGACUGGGGGGACCCCUCCACCCUUAGCUCGCCCCCCAUUGGGCCCCUGCAGCACAGACUGACGUACCUGAUUCAGUGCCUCCCCCCGUGGCUGCGCUUCGCUCAGUGCCUACGCAAAUUCUGGGACAGCGGCGAAGCCAUGCCACAUCUCCUCAACGCUGGCAAAUACUCCACCGUCUUCCUCAUGGUCACCUUCGCUGGGCUCUACAGCUUAACCAGAGAGCGCCCUCACCUGGCGGGUGUGAGGAUGUACCUGUACCUGUGGGCGGUGGCCACAUGCCUCAGUGUAGUUGUAACCAUCACCUGGGACCUGAGGAUGGAUUGGGGUCUUCUUCAGGGGUACGGCCUGCUGCGGGAAGAGAUGGUGUACCGCAAGCAGGGCUUCUACUACAGCGCCAUGCUGGGGGAUGUUAUCUUGAGGGUGACCUGGGCGCUCAACAUCAUCCUGGCCCAGAUGGGCAACUCAGACUCUGUGGCUACUAUCUCCACCGUGCUGGCACCUCUGGAGGUCUUCAGAAGAUUCAUUUGGAACAUCUUUCGGUUGGAAUAUGAGCACCUGAACAACUGCAACCAAUUACGAGUGGUACCAGACCUACAUCUGACCCAACUGACCCUGAACAGCCACUCCCUCCUGGAGAGGAUCAUGGACCAGGAAGACCUAGCAAAGGAUCAUGGGAAAUGUAGUACAGUAAAGAGGAAGCCUAAUCUGAUGCUCUGGUGUCCAAGGUGA